AUGUCGGUCCGGAGGAAUGUGCGUCUGCGCCGCGAGUACCUCUAUCGCAAGGGUCUAGAGGGCAAGGAGCGUGCGCUGUAUGACCACAAACAGCAGCUCAAGGAGGCUAUUCGCAGUGGCAAGGCUAUCCCGACGGAGUUGCGCAGCGUAGAGAAGAGUCUGCGCCAUGAAAUGGAAUACGAGGACGAAGCCCAUGAGAAGCCGCUUAACCAUAUUGACGACGAGUACAAAAAUGCGGGCAUGUUUGACCCCAAAAUCGCGAUCACAACGUCGCGGGAGCCGAGCUCGAGACUCAAACAAUUCGCACAGGAGAUUCGUCUUAUUUUCCCCAAUGCAAUUCGACUUAAUCGUGGCGCGCACACCGUGGGCGACUUGGUGGAGAGCGCGAGAGCGAACGACUUUACCGAUUUGAUAUUGGUCACAGAGACCCGCGGCGAGCCAGAUGGUCUGGUGGUAUGUCAUCUACCGUACGGACCGACAGCCUACUUUUCGCUCAGCAGUACGGUACUGCGUCACGAUAUUGAAGACCGCGCUACCGUUUCCGAGGCAUAUCCGCACCUGAUUAUCAACCAGUUCGAGACGCCCCUGGGCAAGCGCGUUGCGAAUAUUCUGAAGCAUCUGUUCCCUGUCCCGAAGCCUGACGCCAAGCGCGUGAUCACACUCUCGAAUGACAAUGACUUUGUAUCGUUCCGGCACCACGUUUUUAAGGCGGUAGGGCGCGACGUGGAGCUUCAGGAGUGCGGGCCGCGCUUUGAGCUGCAAUUGUAUCAAGUGAAGCUUGGUACACUUGACCAAAAAGAGGCAGAGAACGAGUGGGUUUUGCGGCCUUACAUGAACUCUGCCAAGAAGCGCCGUGUAUUGUAG